AUGACUGAGACUGUAUACAAUGCCAUCGAGGACUACGGCCUGAUCGGGGAUAUGCACACCUGUGCCCUGAUCAGCAAGGCCGGUAGUUUGGAUUACAUGUGCUGGCCAGUCUUUGACUCGCCUAGUGUCUUCUGCCGCCUGCUUGACGACAAGAAAGGCGGGUUUUUCUCGGUGACCCCUUACAAGACCGUUGUUGAUGCCCACAGCAAACAGCGAUAUCUUCCGUAUUCGAACUUGCUUGAGACCAGGUGGACCAACGAGGAUGGUGUCGUGACCAUGCUGGACUAUUUCCCAGUCACGCCUAAAAAGGUUGUCCAGUCCGCUAGACUCUUGUCGGGAUAUUGUCCUUGCAAUGAGCCUGGCACCAAUCGGUUCAAAUCAGGGUUACAGCACUCGGGUCUGAUCCGAAAGCUGGAAUGCAGCCGUGGGUCGAUGGAGUUGCAGGUGGAACUGUUUCCGGCCUUCAACUAUGCACGAGACUCGCAUAACACUCGUGCAAAGCUGGAGAAUGACAUGGAGAAGCACCGGCUUCAAACUAUCCAUUUCGAAAGUGAGACCGAGCGGCUGCAGGUCGAGAUCUUUGGCGAUUCGCGAGAGCCAGACAAGCUUGGGCUCCCAUCAGCGAAUCUAAAGUUGGAAGAUCGCUUGGGAAUGAAGGGCCGUGGCUUGGUGUCCUGGAUUAAGCUGUCGGAGGGCCAGACAGUUCAUCUGGUCCUGCACAGUCCCGAGAAGGCUGUCCCCAGCUCGGCCACUAUGGCCGCCUAUCUGCUCAAGAUGGAAGAGGAGACCUCUGACUACUGGACCAACUGGACCCGCAAGUGUGCCUUCCGCGGUCAUUAUCGCGAGACAGUCGAGCGCAGUCUUCUCAUCCUGAAGCUGCUGACAUACAAACCCACUGGUGCCAUCGUCGCGGCACCCACCUUCUCGCUCCCUGAAAAUGUGGGAGGCUCGCGAAACUGGGAUUAUCGGUAUUCCUGGGUGCGUGACACGGCUUUUACACUGUACGUCUUCCUGAAGAUGGGUUACAGUCAAGAGGCAGAAGCAUACGUCAACUUCAUCUUCGAUCGGAUAUUCCCUCAUGCUGCUAAGGACAUGGACAAGGAUAGCAAAAGACCAUUCUUACCACUCAUGUUCACCAUCCGGGGCGAGUACGAAAUUCCCGAGGUGGAACUGGACCACCUUGAUGGGUACAAAGGCAGCAAGCCUGUUCGCAUCGGCAACGCGGCUGUCUUCCACACGCAGCUAGAUAUCUACGGUGAGCUGUUGGACAGUAUUUAUUUGUACAACAAGCACGGCAACCCCAUCACCUAUGACCAAUGGAGCUCCAUCCGACGCAUGGUCAACUAUGUUGUUACCGUCCGGAAUCAAAAGGAUAUGUCCAUCUGGGAGUCUCGUGGUCAGAUCCAAAACUUUAUCUACUCGAAGAUCAUGAUGUGGGUGGCUUUGGAUCGCGGCAUUCGUCUUGCAGAGAAGCGCGCCAGCUUGCCGUGUCCUGAUCGCUUUGAGUGGAUUAAGGUUCGGGAUGAGAUGUACGACGAGAUCAUGACCAAAGGAUACAACAAGGAGCGUGGUCAUUUCUGCCAGAGCUAUGAGAGUCCCGAAGUGCUGGAUGCAUCCAUCUUGAUCGCGCCCUUGGUCUUCUUCGUUGCGCCAAAUGACCCCAGAUUCAUCAGCACUCUGAAGAGGAUUCUCGAAAGCCCCGAAAAGGAGGGACUGUCCAGCGCCAAGAUGGUUUUCCGAUACGACCACCUGAGAGCCAAUGAUGGUGUGGGAGGUGGCGAAGGCGCCUUCAUCAUGGUAACCUUCUGGCUUGUCGAAGCCAUGGCUCGUGCUUCAAACUACGACGUGCCCAUUCCCAACAUCUGGAAGCUCGCGCUUUCGCACUUUGACAACAUUCUCUCCUACUCGAAUCACCUGGGCAUGUUCUCAGAGGAAGUAGCUAUUUCCGGUGAGCAGAUGGGUAACACUCCACAGGCGUUCAGUCACUUGGCCUGCAUUAGUGCGGCAAUUAAUUUGGAACGACUUGGACGUGGAGAUGACUAG